GGAGGAGUUGGAGCAGCCUGGUCCUUAUCAAGAGAGCUGAUCCCAACUCCUGCUCAGGCCUCUUAUCAUGGAAAUGACCCUGCUGCUUCUUCUCUGUGUGGGCUCCUGGGCCCAAGAGCAGCCAGCAAUUUCAGCCGAAGCCCUUCAGUCGAAGCCUACACCCAAUGAGACCUCUGACUCUUUGGUCACAGAGAACUCUGAGACUGCACACCUCACUUCAGUGAACUCCAGCUUUACAUUAACAAGGGCCCCUGAGGAGAAUGGUAGUGCCAGCAACCAGACCACCCAGAACCCAACUGUUUCGACUCCCCAUAUAGGGAUUGACGAGGCCUCUCCCAGGAUUUCCAUUGAUGCCGGUACUGACCUCCCUGCAUCUGUGUCAACAACCCCCCAGGAAAUUUCCACCAAGGCAAUAGUGUUCCUGGAAAUCUCUAAACCAACCAAUAACACUGCGCCGGACUCUCUGGAUCUCCACACUGUGACUGGUGAAGCCAUGGCAACUACCUCUCUGGAGCCCACCGAUGGGACCAGUGGACUCCCUGUCACCAUGACAACUCACUCUCUGGAGCCCACUAGUGGGGCCAGUGGCCCUCCUGUCACCAUGGCAACCAGCUCUCUGGACACCUCCAGCAGGACUAGUGGGCCCCUUGUCACCAUGGCAACUAGUUCUCCGGACACCUCCAGUGGGACCAGUGGAUUCCUUGUCACCAUGACAACCAGCUUUGAGGAGACCUCCAACGGGAUCACUGGCUCCCCCACCUCUAGGGUAAAAAUAGCCCCAGUGACUGCCUCAAAAACCUCCCCAACCUCCUACAUAAGAAGUAGAUCCCCCUACAGUUCAGAACAGGGGCCAAAGAGCAUCAUGCUGGUGCCUGUACUUGUGGCCCUGCUGGUGGUCAUUGUCUUGGUGGCUCUGCUCCUGCUUAGGUGCAGGCGGCGAAACCAGAGGACAGGGGUCCCAAAACUCACCAGGGUAGGCAAGCGCAAUGGGGUAGUAGAUACUUGGGCAGGGCCGGCCCCAGUGUCGGAUGAGGAGGCCAUGACCCCUGCCUCUGUGGCAGUGGCUGGGGAUGACAAGAGCUCUGGGGAGCCUGAGAUAGAGGGGCCUGGCAGGCGGCCCACACUUAUCACUUUCUUCGGCAGACGGAAAUCUUGCCAGGGUUCCAUUGCUCUGGAGGAGUUAAAGGCUGGGUCAGACCCUGGGGUGAGAGGGGAGGGUGAGCCACUUGUGGGCAGUGAGGAGGAGACUGUUUCUGAUGGGUCAGAAGUGGGCGAGGUGGAGGCCUCUGACUGACUGUAAGUAACUAGAUGGGAGGUCAGAGUCAUUCCCAGCUUUCAACACGUUCAUCACUUCCAACCUCAUGGCCGUCCAGUAUUUGCACCCAGCAGCUCCCUUCUGAAUCUUCCUCAGCUUCUUACCCCUGGACUUUUCAGCCAGCACUCACACCCAGCACCUGUAUCCAGCACCCAAACCUAGGACUUCACCCAGUAUCUGUGCCUAGCCCCAGUGUCUAAUACCCAUACCCAGCACUCACACCUAGCAUCUGCACUCAGCACCCAUCCCCAGCUACACGCAACAUCUCUUGGUAUCUGCAUCCAAGACCCACACCCAGCUCCGAGGCUGGGGCCUGUGCCCAUUGAGUGCUUGUAGACUGGAUGAAUAAACCUUCCUCACUGAUCCCGGCUUCUCCCAUCACCUAUUUCUCCAAUUUUUUUUUUUUUCUUUUGGUCCUGAAGCCAGUUGCUAAAUCUGCACAGUUAUAGACUCUCUUGACCCGUGAUUUCUCAGAGGAUUCUCCAGGGGUGUUAAGGUCUGGGAAGAGGAAAUGACAACCCUGCAAACUCCCCAGUAGGAUUCCUCUGGAAAGUGCUCUAAUUCCAUAGAUUAGAACAGUCCUACAGGGCCAGCCCAUGAAUGGCCUGCACCGUGGACCAGGCAGCCCGGGUACUCGGAGCCAGUCUGGGUGUGCCGGUCAGCUGUGCUUGUGGACUCUAGGCUGGCCCAGGGCCCAGGGCUCUGCUCUCUCCCCAACCAGUGGACCAAGGCAGCAGAGGCCUCAGCCACUUCGCCUCCUGAGGGCAGAGAUGAGAAGAGUUGCCUGCAGGUGCAGGCCUCAGAAGCCCCCGCUCUGUGUGGGGCCAUGUAUGCAGGCAGUUUCUGUCCAGGAGGAGAGGAUUUGGACGUGACUGUGAAGGGCAGUGGUAGGCAUGGCAGCAUGGGGGAGGUGGCAGGCAGGGCACAGAGACUGAGAUGCCAGCCCGAGAGUGGGAGACGCAGGGACUGCGAGAACACAUGCACCCUCAUCUUUGCUCAGAUGGCGUGGAGGAGGCAGAUGAUUUAGCUCCGUCUGUAGCACAGGGAAGAGUUCUAGGCUUGCUAGAAAUACAGCCUGUGUGACUGAGUGUGACUUUUCGGCUCUUCAGCAGUCUCCCGUCCUUCAUGCCUCCCCACUCCGGGGCACACCCAAGAGGCAGGGGGACAGGAGACCCGAGAGUGAGAGGGAGCCCUUGCUGAGGCCCUGGCUGUUGUGUGCUUAUUGGGCCUGUUCCCAGACAGCUCCUUCCCUUCUCCAGGGGCAAUGCGUGAGAGUGAGGAAAUUGAGGCAGGUGACAGAACUGGGGCUUCCCCUGUGGCUCUGGGAUGGAGAGGAAGGACAAGACCCAAGUGUGCCCAGUCUCAGAGACCAGUCCAGGCUGGAGUCUGGGGCUUCAUGGGCCAGAGAGUUUGGUAUUUCCCCAGGGCAAAGAGGAAAUUUGCAAAGAGGAAGUUGUUGAGUCAGAGGGUGCAGAGACUGAGAACAGACAGAUUGACCUACAAAAAGGGAGGCCUCUGGGAACCCAGUGUGCCAGCCACCCAACCUGGCCUAUGGGGGAGGCAGGAGACAGAGAGAGGGCGCAGGCCGGUCAGUUCUUGCCAAGGGUCCUCCAACCAUCACAGGCUGUGCCACCUGCACUUGCCUGAGGGGUGAGCGGAGCUGGGAUAGAAAUCCCCCAGCUAGCCUCGGCUCCCACGUCCGGGCUCGGUUUCCUGCUGCUCAUCGGCGCUGUUGGGACUAACUGGAGCCCCAGAACAGCCCAACUGAGUUUCAAAAGUCACUAAGUGAUUCUGCCACGAUUGUCCUAAAUUUGCUGAACCAAGUGCCCCAAUUUCAGAUUUAGAAAAUACUGUCACUGAACUCGGAGGUCAUCACCCUCGGACAACAUGUGUAGACGGCCCGAGCGACUGAGUGUAACUCUUCAACGCCUUAGCUAUCUCCCUUCCUCCACGCCUUCCCUGGGCAAAUCCUGAAAGAAAUGGGUGUGGGACUGCGUUAGGCACCCAACUGGGCUCUCACACCCCAGAAAAUAUCAAGGUAUGUGAAAAGUGUUAAAAUAGAAGCACAGACAAAAAAAUUAUUUUUUUAAAGAUUUAUUUAUUUAUGCAUAAAAGAACUGGGGUAGACGCCAGAGGUGCGGGGGGUGAGAGGAUUCACCGGAGAGAGAGUGGGGAGCAGAACAGUAGGAU